UAACGAUGGGGCAAUGUUACGGGAAGGUUAAUCAGAGUAAGCAAAAUGCCGGAGACGAAGCUAAUACGACUACUUAUGUGGUUUCCGGCGACGGGAAUCAGGUUCAGCCUCUAACUCCUGUUCACGGCAGAGCUAAGAACACUCCAGCUAGGUCUUCGAAUCCGAGUCCCUGGCCUAGUCCUUUCCCUCACGGAUCAGCGAGUCCUCUUCCUUCCGGCGUUUCUCCUUCUCCGGCGAGGACCUCCACUCCCAGGAGAUUCUUCCGACGGCCUUUCCCUCCCCCGUCUCCGGCGAAACACAUUAAGGCUUCGUUGAUCAAACGGCUUGGAGUGAAGCCUAAGGAAGGCCCGAUCCCGGAGGAGCGAGGAACGGAGACGGAGCAGUCGCUUGAUAAGAGCUUUGGAUAUGGCAAGAAUUUCGGGGCUAAGUACGAAUUGGGGAAAGAAAUGACGACAGCAAUCGCAAUUGAAGAUGUUCGGAGGGAGGUGAAGUUAUUGAAAUCAUUAUCUGGGCACAAACAUCUAAUCAGAUACUAUGAUGCAUGUGAGGACGCCAAUAACGUAUACAUUGUCAUGGAGUUAUGUGAUGGUGGAGAACUAUUGGACAGAAUUUUAGCAAGAGGUGGAAAAUACCCAGAGGAUGACGCAAAGGCUAUUGUUGUACAAAUUCUAAAUGUGGUUUCAUUUUGUCAUCUCCAAGGAGUUGUGCACCGGGACUUAAAGCCAGAGAAUUUUUUAUUUACAUCUAGCCGCGAAGACUCAGAUUUAAAGCUUAUUGAUUUUGGUCUCUCAGACUUUAUCAGACCCGAUGAAAGGCUGAAUGAUAUCGUUGGAAGUGCCUACUAUGUCGCGCCUGAAGUUCUACACAGAUCAUAUAGCCUCGAGGCUGAUAUAUGGAGUAUUGGAGUUAUCACAUAUAUACUCUUAUGUGGAAGCAGGCCUUUCUGGGCACGGACAGAAUCUGGAAUCUUUCGCACUGUGCUCAGAACUGAACCGCACUACGAUGACUUACCUUGGCCUUCUGUUUCAUCAGAAGGUAAAGAGUUUGUGAAACGACUUCUCAACAAAGACUAUAGGAAACGAAUGUCUGCAGUUCAAGCUUUGACUCAUCCGUGGUUACGGGAUGAUACUCGUGCGAUUCCUUUAGAUAUUUUGAUCUUCAAAUUGGUCAAAUCCUAUUUGCACGCAACACCUCUUAGACGGACUGCUUUAAAGGCUCUAGCAAAAGCAUUGACUGAGAACGAGUUAGUCUAUCUUAGAGCACAGUUCAUGCACUUGGGACCAAACAAAGAUGGAAGCGUCUCCCUCGAAAACUUCAAGAUGGCGCUUAUGCAAAACGCAACGGACGCAAUGAGAGAAUCCAGGGUUCCUGAAAUUCUUCACACGAUGGAAUCUUUAGCGUAUAGAAAGAUGUAUUUCGAAGAGUUUUGUGCAGCAGCAAUUAGCAUCCAUCAACUAGAAGCUGUUGAAGCUUGGGAUGAGAUUGCAGCCGCCGGUUUCCAGCAUUUUGAAUCCGAGGGAAACCGAGUGAUCACCAUCGAAGAACUAGCAAGGGAACUGAAUGUGGGUGCGUCUGCGUACGGACACUUGAGAGAGUGGGUAAGAAGCAGUGACGGGAAGCUGAGUUUCUUAGGGUUCACUAAGUUCUUGCAUGGAGUUACUCUUCGUGCUGCUCACGCAAGACCUCGCUAGCCCUUCUUUUAUUUUUUAGAUUUUUUGUUUUAAAUAUUUUUUUCUUCCUUCAACAGAACAGAGUAAUAGACUUGUGAGAGACGACGAGAGGAGUAUUUUCGUCCGUUUGAUUUUGUUUUUUUUUUUUCUCUUUUUCUUUUCCUUAUCAUAUUAUAGAGUUUAAAUUUUAAGGUACAGAAAAUACUAAAACGCAAAGGAGAACAAAAUGUGCAUAAGGUAGAUGGAUUUUACUCAUUAUUUUCCAAUAUAUUCUAUGGAAUAAUAACUAUGGUUUCGAGUAAUAUUUUACUUUUACGUUUUCCUGUAAUCGAAUCAC